AUGGCAGAAACUGCAGUAUCAUUUGUUUUACAAGAACUAGGCCAAUUUGUAAUAAAAGAAACUAGCCAAUAUACAGUAGAAGAAAGAAAUUCAGUAGCAGGGAUUGAAAGAGACUUCAAUGAUAUCAAAGAUGAACUUGAGAGCAUCCAAGCCUUCCUCAAGGAUGCAGACACAAAGGCUGCUGAUGAUGAUGAUGGAUCCAAUGGAGUCAAAACUUGGGUGAAAUCUGCACUCCAAAUGAUUCCUGGUUUGAUCAAAACCAUGAAUCCGCAUCACCAGAUUGCUUCUGAGAUUCAAGACAUCAAGUUAUCACUUGGUAGAAUCAAAGAAAGAAGUACAAGGUUCGAGUUUCUGUCUGAAAAUGAAGCAGGAAGGACUAAAGCUCCUAGAAUUGGUGACCCUCGAAUGGCUCCGUAUUUCAUUGAAGAGACUCAAGUUGUAGGAUUUGAGUCCGCGCGAGAUGAAUUGGUCAGAUGCUUGGUGGAGGAAAACAAUGAGCUCAUGUUGGUUGCUGUGGUUGGCAUGGGAGGACUCGGGAAAACUACUCUCGCAAAGCAUGUUUUUGAUAGCCAGCUAGUGAAAAAGAACUUUGAUUGUAGAUCUUUCAUCACUGUUUCGCAAUCGUACACCAUCAGAGAGCUGUUGACAGAAAUGAUAAAGAAAUUUUGCAAGGACAACAACGAGCCUAUUCCAAGGGGUCUGCAGAAUAUGGAUGAUGAAACUUUGAUUAAUCAAGUGAGACAAUACCUUGAGUCAAAAAGGAAAUCUUUUCCUGUUCAUGUCCAUGAGCUACAACGUUUGCCUCCAGACAAAGCAUGGGAGCUGUUUUGCAACAAGACGUUUAGAGGGCACUGUCCAACAGAACUUGAGGAGAUGUCCAGAGAAAUUGUUCAAAAAUGUGGAGGGCUACCAUUAGCUAUUGUGGCCAUCGGUGGUCUUUUGUUAACAAAAGCUAAAACCCUCAUUACAGCUACUCAAAAUCACGAAUAUCCGUCAACACAAAGACAUCAUAACGCUCACAAACAACACAGAGAAUCAACGGAUAGCAGAAACUGA